ACCUUGUGAUUCCGCAUCUCUGGAGGAACAAAGACCUGGAGAAGGAGGAUGGAGAAGGAACCCAACACUCAAAUGAAGACCGGUGACGAAAAGAAAGACAGAAGAAGCAAUGCAGAUAAGGAGAGCACAGCUCAUGUCUGAACCAGGGGCCUCUUCAUUCCAGGUCCCUUCACGUUCUGAGUGACUUCCAAACCCCUCUUAGAUGAUGGUGAGGCAGUCAGGUCCCCAGCCGCAGAGCCUUUGCUGAUGGCACGUGGGAGACCUUGACCCUGGUGUAACCAACACGUCCCUUGCGUUCCUCUCCAUGGACCCACCCCAGAUGCUUCUUCAUGGUUCAGCACCAUGAAGAAGGAAGGAAGGAUGACAAAGCUGCUGAAGAAACUCUAGUCAAGGCAGGGUUGUGCCGUGACCGAGCUGCCUCUUCCCCUCUUCUGGCCGAUCAAGGGUAAGACCCCUUUUUCGGCGUGGCCCUUCUCAAUGGCAGGCCAUCGGUGGGCCGUGACAUCAGCACUGUGCACCUACGUGGCAGCUGUCUCUCUCCUCUACGUGAGCGAGGCCCAAGCCGACUGCUGGCUGAUCGAAGGCGAGAAGGGCUUCGUGUGGCUGGCCAUUUGCAGCCAGAACCAGCCUCCUUACGAGUCCAUCCCUCAGCAGAUCAACAGCACCAUCCUGGACCUGAGGCUGAACGACAACAAGAUCAAGAGCGUCCAGUUCUCCUCCCUCAGCCGCUUCAGUAACCUCACAUACCUCAACUUGACCAAGAACGAGAUCUCGUACAUCGAGGAUGGUGCCUUUUCAGGACAGUACAACCUGCAGGUGUUGCAGCUCGGCUACAACCGCUUGAGGAACCUGACAGAGGGGAUCCUCCGGGGCUUAGGGAAGCUGGAGUACCUCUACCUCCAGGCCAACCUCAUUGAGAUGGUCACCCCCAAUGCCUUCGGGGAGUGCCCCAACAUCAUGAACAUUGACUUGUCCAUGAACAAGAUCCAACGGCUGGAUAGCAACACCUUCAGAGGCCUGAGUAAACUCUCGGUAUGUGAGCUCUACAGCAACCCUUUCUAUUGCUCUUGCGAACUCCUGGGCUUCCUUCAGUGGCUUGAGGGCUUCACCAACAUGACCCGUACUUACGACCGCAUGCAGUGUGACUCCCCACCUGACUACUCCGGGUACUACCUUCUGGGCCAAGGGCGGAGCGGCUACCGCAACGCCUUGGGCAUGCUGUCUUCUCUUUGCACUGGUGGCCCCUACACCAUGCCACCUUACUUGACCCCACCCAAAAAAAAACCUGUGACCACUCCUCCUCCAGAGAACCCCUGCCCGGAGGAAGAGUGUUUCUCCGGAGAUGGCACCACGCCCCAGAUCUCCCUGCACACCCCGGUGAUCGACCCCGGAUUGUACCCCACCAUGAAGGUGAAGCACGUGACCCAAAACUCGGCUGUGUUGAGUGUGCAGAUCCCUGUGCCCUACAGCAAGAUGUACACCCUGGCCCAAUUUGAGAACGGCCGCUACAAUAUCCUGGCCAAGCUGCUGAAGAAGAAGGAGGACAUCGAGCUGACGGACCUCGGCCCAAACGAAAACUACACCUAUUGCGUGAUGUCCUCCAACCGCGUCUCAAGGUACAACUACACCUGCCUCACCAUCAAUCUCAACAAGCAGAACACCGAAGAGCCGAUCCCUAGGCCUUCAACUGCCACCCACUACAUCAUGACGAUCUUGGGGUGCCUGUUCGGCAUGGUGAUUGUCCUGGGAGUGGUGUACUACUGCCUGCGGAAGAGGCGUCACCAGGAAGAAAAGCACAAAAAAACGGCGGUGAACAUGAAGAAGACCAUCAUUGAGUUGAAGUACGGGCCGGAAAUGGAGACCACCAGCAUCUCCCAGCUCUCUCAAGGUCAGAUGUUGGCCGGUGAGACCAUGACCCGCAUCCCUUACCUGCCCUCCGUGGGAGAAGUGGAGCAGUACAAGCUGAUUGACAGCAGCGAGACCCCCAAGGCUACGAAGGGCAACUACAUGGAAGUGCGGACGGGGGAACAGCCCGAGAGGAGAGAGUUGGAGCUGCCCAGGCCCCCGGAUAGCCAGAGCUCCGUGGCGGAGAUCUCCACCAUCACCAAAGAGGUGGACAAGGUGAACCAGAUAAUCAACAACUGCAUCGAUGCCUUGAAAUCAGAAUCUACUUCCUUUCAAGGGGUGAAGUCGGGAGCGGUGUCCACCGCCGAGCCUCAGCUGGUGCUGCUCUCCGAACAAAUCCCCAGCAAGCAUAGCUUUCUAGCACCCGUCUACAAGGAAAGCUACACCCACCCUCUCCAGAGGCACCACAGCAUUGAGGCGCCCCCUAAACGGUCCAGCACUUCUUCCAGUGGCUCCAUACGGAGCCCCAGGUCCUUCCGCUCUGAGGGCUCCGGCCACAAGUCAGAAGCCAAAUAUAUCGAGAAAACGUCUCCGACCACCGACACCAUCCUCACUGUGACGCCGGCGGCCGCUGUCCUACGAGCCGAAGCCGAGAAGAUCCGGCAGUACAGCGAGCACCGGCACUCUUACCCAGGGUCCCAUCAGGGGGAACAACACGACGGCAUGGGGGGGCGGAAGCCCUCCAUCUUGGAACCGCUGACCAGGCCCCGCCCUAGAGACUUGGCCUACUCGCAGCUCUCUCCACAGUACCAUAACUUGAGCUACACUUCCAGCCCCGAAUACACCUGUAAACCUUCCAGGAGCAUCUGGGAGCGUUUCAAACUGAACAAGCGGCACAAAGAGGAGGAGGAGGAGGAGUAUAUGGCGGCCGGCCACGCUCUGCGUAAAAAGGUCCAGUUUGCCAAAGACGAAGAUCUGCACGACAUCUUAGAUUACUGGAAAGGGGUCUCCGCCCAGCACAAGUCCUGAGUUCUCCGUCGGCUCGUGACUUAACCACGGACCAAACGAAAAACAGAACAGAAAAACAAAAAAAAUCAGCAGCAGCUAUUGUUUUUAAUCCAGACUUAUCUUUGAAAGAAAGAAAGAGGAAGAGAAAGAAAGAAGGAAAGAAAGAAAGAAAGAAAGAAAAGAACUCUGAGGAAUCUAUCAUUAUUCUAGAGCAGGCUGAGAAGAGAGAGAGAGAGAGAGAGAGAGAGAGAAAGAGAAAGAAAGAGAAAGAGAAAGAGAGAGGGAAAGAGAAAGAGAAAGAGAAAGAGAAAGAGAGAAAGAUAUUUGGAAUUAUGGUCUUGCGGAGAUGAGAUUUAGAAAGGAGAGAGGGGCUCGGAGAUGAGAGUAGAGUGAAAGGAAAGAUACUUAAACAUUAAAAUAAACUGUGGGGUGGGGGAAAAAACCAAAUUCUUUUCUUAAAACACACACACACACACACAUGAAUAAAAUUGAAUUUUCAGAGCGACAGAAGCGAACGAGUUUCAAGAGAGCCAGACAGAAAAUACGAAAGGAGUGUGGCGUAACCACAACUGCAUCGCAUGACUCCUUAUUCUGUGAAUUUUGUGGACUCUGUACAGCCUUGUCUUCAUCCUUUCAGUAACCAAAAUGUAAAAACAACUGAACAAAAGAGAUCAAUUAGAAAAGUGAACAGAAGGAUCUUUUUCCCCCCUGUUGUUGUUUUAAAAAAAAGAGAGGGAGAAAGAAAGAGAGAAAGAGAAAGAAAGAAAGAAAGAAAGAAAGAUCAUCCUUUUUGGGCCUUUUGCAAAUGGAGUCUUCCAGUUUAGACUAUUAACUCACCUGAAGUCCCAUUUGUGCAAAUCUUUUUAAGAUUUUAUUUUUUGGGGGGGUGAAAGGAUCU